AUGGCUGAUCUUACUGUGGGGGCGGAUGACGACAAUGUCAUACUAGGCGGCACACACAUCACCCAUCUUGCGCAUGCCGACGAUGUGAAAUUACUCUCCACGUCGCCAAACGGACUGCAGGCCAAGAUCGACGCUUUCGACGGAUGGUGCAACUCGAACUUCCUGAUCUCCAACUCUACGAAGACCUCCCUCGCGAUCUUUGGCGAAAUCCCUCGGACGGUGCCCCACAUUACGCAAAAUGGGGUGCGGCUCGCUUGGACCGAGGACCACAAAUACGUGGGCACAACAUUCACUUCCACCGACCGGUCGAUCAUGGCGAUGCAUUACAUCCGCAAAGCUGAGGCCGCUCAAUCUAUCGCAAACAUGACAUUCGCCAUACGAUCCAAGAUCGGGGACCUGGCGCCUCUGGAUGCGAUACGCAUAUACAUGGCGCGCGUCGACCCUCAUCUCACUCAGUCCUGCGAAGUUGCUAUAGACGUCAGCACGCCCCUGCUGGAGCUCCUUGAGAGUGUUCAACACCGCUUCUUGAGGCGCGCAUUAGGUCUCUCCUCCCGCUGCAUGAUAGCGGCUCUGUUCGUAGAGACGGGAGUAAUGCCUCUACGACAUCGCCGCCUCAUUCUUGCCCUCAGAUAUCUGCGAUACCUCCUCGGCCUCCCUCCCUCCCGCUUCGCGGCAUUAGCUUUACGUGACGUGUUUGCCCUCGCGAUGGCAGGGCAUCCCGGAUGGGUCACGGACAUAAGGAUAGCCCUCGGUUCCUUGCCUGGGAAGCCCAUUCCGGUGCUCAUCACAGACCUUCUUGACGGCGAUAGCAUCACAACUCUGAUCCACGACGUAGAGGCGUCUCUCGACCACUGGCUAUCGACCAUUGUUGCAGACUCACCGAAGCUCGAGCUGCUUUGCGGACGAUACGAGAUCGGGAAAAAAGGUGUGGUGUCCUAUGCUGUCAGACACAAGAAACGACAACACCAUCGUGUUCGAGUGCAGAAACAUCGCAUAGCGAUCACGAAGCUCCUCGUGUUGGACCAUCGUCUUAGCGUCGAGACUCUACGGUGGACACAGCGAUACCAGCCUCCAGUCGCCCGUGCAAUGCGGCUUUGCCGACUAUGUCUCCAGGACGUGGAGGAACCACUCCACAUUCUCUUUGACUGCGCAGGAAGCGACGAACUGACGGCCAUGCGGACAGAAUGUCUCGCGCAGUGUACCGCAAAGUGUCUCGCUCUGCUGCCGCUCCGCUCCACGCCCAUUGGGUUCUUUCAUCGUGCUAUUGCCGAGCCACUCACUGUUCCGACUAUGGCUCGUUUCGUCAGAAAUGCCCUUCGUCUGGUGUACUCGCACGAACAGUAUCGUCCACCUCGCGAGUUGUUACAAGAUAUCCCAGAGCUACUUGAGCCGACUAUCUACGAUGCGGGCGAUCACAAUGAGGAUGACGACGCACCUCAGUCACCCCCUAAACCACCCCAUAUUAGGGGUAUCAUCGUGCCCAAAAGUUCCACCUAA